AUGAACUCUUCUGGCAGUGAUAACUGGCACCCUGCCGGUGGCCCUCCUUCGCACCCUGGGAUGGACCAGAUGAACCAACAACCUCGUCCAUUGGGUUCUUUCAGCCAGAACCCCCCGCCUCAGCAGGGCCCAUCUUCACAACCCGCCGGACCAGUCCUUCCGCCUCCCGCUGGUCCUUAUCAUCCCGCGAACCAGAACCCCGGUCAUUCCCUCCCCGGGCUAGCGGAGUUGAGUCAGGGUCACGGUGGCCCUCAUCAACCCGCGUAUGGCCAGCACCCAGGAGCUCCAUCACACGCUACAGGACACUCGUUACCGGGUAUCGGUCAAACAAUGCAACACCCUUCUCCACAGUCCCUCAACCGAGAGCGCGAGCGAGAUUCAAGAGAACGUGAGUUGAUCGAAAGACAGCGACAACAGGAGGAAAUGGUCCAUAGAGAACGUGAACAGCGUGAGCGCGAACGCGAGCAGCUGGAACGCCAGCAACUCGAGCGUCAACGUGAGCAGCAGCAUCACCCUGUGCAGAGUCAUACUGGGUCGAUUCCGCUGCAUCAACCAGUAGCGUCGAAAGUGCCAAAUUCCAUUCACGGGCCCAACGGGCUCUUGUCUAAUCUGGGAUCGAAUCCGCCCAACGGCCCUCAAGGCGCUAUGCAACCAUCUGGGGCCCCUGGUGGUAUCUACGGCGCUCAGAUGCAGCAUGGAGAGGGCACUCCGAGGACGUAUAUGCAGCACCCGGCCGGCCCACCAGGACAACCCAUGAUGUUCAACGGCUCGGGCGCCCCAAUUCCUGGAAAUGUUGCGGCUCUCGCGCAGGGACAGCAACCUAUCCUAAAUGAUGCGCUUAGCUAUCUGGACCAGGUCAAGGUUCGUUUUGUGGACCAGCCUGACGUCUACAAUCGCUUCCUCGACAUAAUGAAAGAUUUCAAGAGCCAAGCGAUUGACACGCCGGGAGUCAUUCAGCGCGUCUCCACCCUUUUCAACGGGCAUCCCGCCUUGAUCCAGGGAUUCAACACGUUCCUGCCGCCAGGUUACCGAAUUGAGUGUGGAACAGAGGACAAUCCAGAUGCGAUCCGGGUGACCACCCCCUCAGGCACGAAUACUUUGAACAUGCCCCGUCCUCGUCCCUCGAUGGACCCCGCAGGAGAUCUGGGACCCGCUGGUGGCAUGGGCCCACAUGGGCGAACUGACUACUACGAUCAAGCGCGACCUGGUUGGCAACAGCAGCCCCAGGGUCAGCAACAACAAGGAAAUCUUCCAGGCUCGUACUCCCCUGGAUCUCGCAUGAUGGGCCCUGGCAUGUUCGGGCAAGGCGCACAAGGUCAACCUCAAGAUCAUCACUUUGACUACCCGACCCAACAAGAGCAGCAAGCUGCAGCGGGUGCCGCAGCAAUGGCCCACCAGCAAGACCAACGUGGUGUUUCGCAACUCCAGGGUGCCGCGGCCGCAUCUGCCGCAAUGGGACGACCUGGAAUGAUGCAGGUGUCUCCUGCUUCUGCACAAGCCUCCAGUUUGACUCAGCCCAUGAACAGUUUGGCUGGCAUUGGUUCGGGUAUGUUGCAGGGCACGCAGGCGGACUUGAACAAGCGCGGACCCGUGGAAUUCAACCACGCGAUCAGCUAUGUGAACAAGAUCAAGAAUCGCUUCGCCAGUGCACCAGAGAUCUACAAGCAGUUUCUUGAAAUCCUGCAGACAUAUCAACGCGAAUCGAAGCCAAUUCAGGAUGUUUACGCUCAGGUGACCCAGUUGUUCAAUACUGCACCAGAUCUGCUGGAAGACUUCAAACAGUUCCUUCCCGAAUCUGCAGCACACGCCAAGCAGCAAGCAGCUGCUCGCCAAGCUGAAGAGGCGAUUCCCAUCAGCAAUGUGCGAGGUGAACCCGGCUAUCCAAGCACGGGCGCCCUACCGUCGCAGACUCCUGGUCGGGAUAUGAAAAUGCCACCCUUGGGUCAGUUCAAUGUCAAGGACUCUGCCAAGGAGGGGAAGAAACGCAGGGGUGGUCCUAGCGCUCCCUCGACGUUGACCUCUUCGAUUUCUGGACCCUCCGCAGGCGCUGAGGUCGCUAGGGUGGCUGAUGCCCAGACUGGUCGUCCUGCAGCCCUGCAGACUGGCAACGCCAACAAGAGAGCGAAAGUGCACCAUACCAAACCAACCCAAGCAGAGGUCCCUGCCGUUUCGCCAACGCUCAUACCCGCUCUUCCUGAGCCCAUUCAGCCCACGCAGAUGAUGACGCCCAGCCAAGAAGAGUUUGCGUUCUUCGAUCGAGUCAAAAAGUACAUUGGCAACAAGUCAAUGUUCAACGAGUUCCUCAAACUGUGUAAUUUAUACUCUACCGAUCUCAUUGACAGGAAUGUCCUUAUCAAGAAAGCCGCUGGGUAUAUUGGCUCGAACCCGGAGCUUAUGGCUUGGUUUAAGCGUUUCAUGCAUAUUGAUGAACCUGAAGACAAGGUCAUUGAGACGAAGCCCAAACAGGAGUCUGGUGUUGUGAACCUGUCGCACUGCCGUUCCCUUGGACCCAGCUACCGUCUCCUUCCGAAGCGUGAGCGCCAGAAGCCCUGCAGUGGCCGCGACCAACUGUGCUACAGUGUUCUGAAUGAUGAAUGGGCGUCCCAUCCCACUUGGGAGUCUGAAGACUCUGGCUUCGUGGCCCACCGCAAGAACCAGUUUGAAGAUGCAUUGCACCGUAUUGAAGAGGACAGACAUGACUAUGACCACCAUAUCGAGGCUUGUACUCGCACAAUUCAGCUAAUUGAACCGAUUGUUCAACAAUUCCUGGUGAUGACCGAGGCGGAACGAGCGGCCUUCAAACUUCCACCGGGUCUUGGUGGCCAGAGUGAGGCCAUUUAUCAGCGAGUGAUCAAGAAAGUAUACGACCGACAGCGCGGAGCGCGAAUCAUCCGUGAAAUGUUUGACAGACCGUGCCACGUCCUUCCGAUUGUGCUCUUCCGCUUGAAGCAGAAAUGCGAAGAGUGGAAAGCCAGUCAGCGUGAGUGGGACAAGGUCUGGCGGGAGCAAACGCAAAAGGCGUACUGGCGCAGUCUGGAUCACCAAGCGAUUGCCAGCAAAGCGACCGACAAGAAGCUAUUCGUGGCAAAGCAUAUCCAGAAUGAGAUUCAGAGCAAAUUUGAAGACGCCAGGGGGUUACGCAAGAGCGGAUUCCCGGUUCCCAGACAUCAGUUCGAAUUUACAUUUGACGACCCGGCUGUUCUCAUCGACGCCACUCAGUUGCUAUUACUUUUCAUUGACCGAAACUCCGCUGGAUUCGGAGCCGAUCCCUCAAAGGUCAUGGCGUUCAUCAAAGACUUUGUGCCGAUCUUCUAUGGCAUGGAUCGUGAUACCUUUCACAUCUACAUGAACGAGAUCUCGAGUGAAACUCCAUCCGGGGAAGACGGUGACGAUGAGAGCUUGGCUGCUGAAGACGUCUCAACCUGGCGCAACCGGAAAGGCGUGAAUGGCAAGAAGAUGGAUCUCCUCCGCGAUGUCCUCGAGCGGCGCAGUGAGAAGGCCAACCGAUCGGACAAGGACCGCAGUACUCCCGCCAGCCGUGAUGGCACCCCAGAUGCUGUUCUGGUCCCGUCCACUCCCGUCCCCGACCCUGCUGAGGCGUUUGACGUUGCGGAGCUGAAGUGGAUGGAACAUCCUGGGCAAGGGAACUUCAAUCUGCAGCGGGAAUACGCGCUGAAUGAAUCCUACGUCAAGAAGGUUUAUCAUUUGUAUGCCAAUCUGAACAUCUACUGCUUCUUCCGCACUUUUGAGAUUCUCUAUUCGCGACUCUUGCGGAUCAAGAUGCACGAGAAGGACGCUCACGAGCAUGUGCGCCGGGCGCUGCUCCCCAAACCCGCCCGUGACCUCGGUCUCAUUGACAAGCUUCCAACCGACUUCUUCUACGAUUGCGACCCCAAGGCCUACCUGUACCCACAGAUUGUCCGCAUGUGCGAGGAGGUCAUCAAGGGUGACAUGGAUGCCUCGCACUUGGAGGAGACGCUGCGCCGCUUCUACUUGCGAAGCGGGUACCAGCUAUACAAUUUGGAAAAGAUGUUUGCCGGAAUCGCCAAGUUUGCUGGCUCCAUCUUCAACGGCGACUCCAAGGAUCGCAGCGCCGACAUCAUCAAUCUCUUCUUCAAGGAGCGGGACCGGGAGGAGACGACGCAUAACCAGGAGAUCCAGUACCGCAAGCAGGUUGAGAGGCUGGUCAAGGAUGGCGAUAUCUAUCGUAUUACCUAUAACCCUCAAACCAAGAAGACCACCGUGCAACUACUCACUCCAGAGGACGCAACAUUGGAGAACGAAGAGCUGAGCCAGGAAGCGCGCUGGUCGUACUACGUCUCUGCCUACACGAUGCGUGAUCCUACGGAAGGUGUUCCAUUUUCCCAGAUGCGCAUGCCCUUCCUGAAGCGGAACCUGCCGCCCAAGCUUGAGCAAGAAGAGGAGUACAAUCGCUACUAUCGUCCGCUUGUCCAUCAGGAUGGUCUUAUCAUCCGGAUCUGCGCCAACAGCUAUCAUAUUCUGUACGAACCCGGGAGCUGCGAUUGGUGGUGGCGUCCCAAGGCUCCCUCAGAGGAGUCGCCUGAGGACAUGGCCAAGGAGGAGGCCGCUGUCAAGGAAAGACGACGCGAUCGGUUCAAGGAAAAGUUUGUCAACAACCCCAGCUGGGCGCAGGGGCUCAGCAAGGACCAAGUCGACGAGUCCAACCAACGAUUCCGCUCCUGGAUCAAGGGCCCUGAACCUGAGAAGGCCCCGGCGGGCGCGGCGGAAGAGGCCGGCUCCGAGAAGAAGGGGGACAAGGAAGAUGCCGAGAUGCCUGACGCGGAACCCACCGCGCCCGAGUCCAAGGAGCAAUGA